ACUGUUAACCCAAGAAACGGAUAUCUGCAAAUUACUCGGUCAAAAACUUCGGUUUGAAUUAUCUAUCGGGAUGAACGGUCGUGUUUGGUUGUCUUCCGAUACGAUUAAACAUAUAAGUUUGAUAUAUAAUGCUCUUAAGCAGGCGGAGACACUGAAUAAUAAUGAAUGUAAAACACUGGUUAACAA